ACCCAUUGGAUUCGGGUUCGACCCGUCAAGAUUUCUGACCUUUCUGUACAGACUAUACCGCCAUAGUCAAUACCUCUUUUCCCUCACUCCAACCAAUCCUUUCUCAUAAGCAAGCUUUUGGGUAUACUCCAUUGUUCAAGAAAAAUAUGGCAGUGAUUGCAUCUGCUCCUGGGAAGGUUUUGAUUACAGGAGGUUACUUGGUUUUGGAGAGGCCUAAUGCAGGGAUUGUUCUAAGUACAAAUGCUCGGUUUUAUGCGAUUGUUAAGCCACUUUAUGGUGAGCUAAGACCCGAGUGCUGGCUUUGGUCAUGGACGGAUCUGAAGUUAACAUCUCCUCAAAUGGGCAGAGAAACUAUUUACAAAAUGUCACUAAAGCACUUCACUCUGCAGUGCACUUCAAGUGAAACAAGAAACCCUUUUGUUGAAUAUGCGGUACAAUAUGCUGUUGCAGCAGCAUACGCAACAGCUGAUAAUGACAGAAAGAAUUUACUGCAGAAACUGCUUUUGCAAGGUUUUGAUAUCACCAUUUUAGGCAGCAAUGACUUCUAUUCUUACCGAAAUCAGAUUGAAGCACAUGGCCUCCCGUUAACCCCCGAAUCAUUAGCAUCCCUUCUGCCAUUUACUUCAAUAACCUUAAACUCUGAACAAUCAGACGGUCAAAAUUCUAAGCCUGAAGUUGCAAAAACUGGAUUGGGCUCUUCUGCUGCUAUGACCACAGCAGUGGUUGCUGCUUUACUUAAUUACCUCGGGGUUGUCAAUCUUACCUCUUACAGUGGAGCCCAACAUCAAGAAAAUUUGGAUGUGGUACAUAUUAUAGCCCAAACCGCUCACUGUAUGGCGCAAGGAAAAGUUGGCAGUGGGUUCGAUGUCAGUUCAGCUGUUUAUGGAAGUCAUCGCUACAUUCGGUUUUCUCCGGAAGUGAUUUCUUCUGCUCAGAAUGCACUCAUGGCCCUGCCACUAGAAGAGGUGAUUUCGGCUGUCUUGAAGGGCAAAUGGGAUCAUGAGAGAACCAAAUUUUCGUUACCGCCUUUAAUGAAACUGUUAUUAGGUGAACCAGGUACUGGAGGUUCGUCUACUCCAUCUAUGGUUGGUGCUGUAAAAAAUUGGCAAAAGUCUGACCCACAGAAGUCAUUAGAUACAUGGAGACAGCUGUCAGAGGCAAAUACAACUCUUGAAGCACAAUUAAAUCGGCUGAGCAAAUUAGCAGAAGAACAUUGGGAGACAUAUAAAGGCGUCAUCUACUACUGCAGCAUGCACCAAUCAGAGAAGUGGAUAAAGCAACCCAGUGAUGCAGUCAGCCAAGAAAUUGUAAAAGCGUUAUUUGGAGCUAGGGAAGCCAUGCUUAACAUCAGGUGUUACAUGAAGUUGAUGGGGUUGGCUGCAGGAAUCCCUAUAGAACCUGAUUCACAAACUGAGCUUUUGGAUGCCACCAUGAACAUGCCCGGAGUCCUGUUGGCAGGUGUUCCUGGAGCGGGAGGCUUUGAUGCAGUAUUUGCAGUUACUUUAGGAGAUUCAGGCAAUGACCUGGCUAAAGCAUGGAGCUCACAUAAUGUUUUGGCCUUGCUGGUUAGAGAAGAUCCUCAUGGUGUUUUAAUAGAGAAUUCUGAUCCUCGGACCAAUCAAAUCACCUCAGGUAUACAUUCAGUUAGGAUUGUAUGAAAUGGCAUAUGUUAUUUAGUCUCUGCAUCAUAGUUACAAUAUUGUUUUUAAGAGAAGGAUUGGAUAACCUUCUUAAAUGAGUUCUAUUGUUGUAUUUUGCCAGAAUAAUGUUACACAAAGAUAAGAUAGUUAAGUUACGAAUUUGGCAUCGAAAUAAAGUUAGAAUCUUUUGCUAUGGCA